AUGGCCCAGGCGCCGCAGCCCAUGCGGCUGAAGGAGUGGCUGCUGGCCCAGGUGGAGAGCGGUCGCUAUCCGGGACUGCGCUGGGUGGACGGCCGGAAGGCGCUCUUCCGCAUCCCCUGGAAACACGCCGCUAAGCAGGACUACCGCGAGCGGGAGGACGCGGCGCUCUUCAAGGCCUGGGCCAUCUACAAGGGCAAGUACCGGGAAGGGCUGGAUCAGGCCGACCCCUCCGUCUGGAAGACGCGCCUCCGCUGCGCCCUCAACAAAAGCCUGGACUUUAAAGAGGUGCCCGAGAGAAGCAACCUGGAGGCCUCGGAGCCCUACAAGGUCUACCAGGUGAUCAGCCCCGAGGCGGCCCCAGACACAG